CAAACGACAGCAAACGCCGCGGCGGUGCGCGCCGGCAGAGCACAUUCCGCUCGGCGGGCGCAAAGCACGCACACUUGGCGGGGCCCCUUUUCGCUCUUUUCUUCGUCCCAUUUGCGCGCAUUUGAGUCAUGUUAAGUUGCGAGGAGUGAGCGCCGCGCCGCGCGUCCCGCUCGUCCCGGAGCUCCGUUCCGGCCGGCCGGCCACGACCCCGCGUGUUCCGAAUCGGGUAUUCAUUUUUUUCCCUUUUUGUUUUCCCUUUUUAUUUUUCUUGGUAGAGCGUUGCCUUUUCCCCUUUAAAAUUGGCUCCCGUACAAACCGCCGCGUUGGAUCCGUCGGCGUACUGCGAGAGUCCGGUGUACAACCCGGAUCUCUGCCCCAACAUGAUCGCCGCGCAGGCCAAGCUGGUGUACCACCUCAACAAGUACUACAACGAGAAGUGCCAGUCGCGCAAGGCGGCCGUGUCCAAGAGCAUCCGCGAGGUGUGCAAGGUGGUGUCGGACGUGCUGAAGGAGGUGGAGGUGCAGGAGCCGCGCUUCAUCAGCUCGCUGAGCGAGAUGGACAACCGCUUCGAGGGCCUGGAGGUCAUCUCGCCCAGCGAGUUCGAGGUGGUGCUCUACCUCAACCAGAUGGGCGUGUUCAACUUCGUGGACGACGGCUCGCUGCCCGGCUGCGCCGUGCUCAAGCUGAGCGACGGCCGCAAGCGCAGCAUGUCGCUGUGGGUGGAGUUCAUCACGGCCUCGGGCUACCUGUCGGCGCGUAAGAUCCGCUCGCGCUUCCAGACGCUGGUGGCUCAGGCGGUGGACAAGUGCAGCUACCGCGACGUGGUCAAGAUGGUGGCGGACACCAGCGAGGUCAAGCUGCGCAUCCGCGACCGCUACGUGGUGCAGAUCACGCCCGCCUUCAAGUGCACGGGCAUCUGGCCGCGCAGCGCCGCGCACUGGCCGCUGCCGCACAUCCCCUGGCCGGGCCCCAACCGCGUGGCCGAGGUCAAGGCGGAGGGCUUCAACCUGCUCUCCAAGGAGUGCUACUCGCUCAACGGCAAGCAGAGCUCGGCCGAGAGCGACGCCUGGGUGCUGCAGUUCGCCGAGGCCGAGAACCGGCUGCUGCUGGGCGGCUGCCGCAAAAAGUGCCUGUCGGUGCUCAAGGCGCUGCGCGACCGCCACCUGGAGCUGCCCGGCGCGCCGCUCAACAACUACCACAUGAAGACGCUGGUGUCGUACGAGUGCGAGAAGCACCCGCGCGAGUCCGACUGGGACGAGAACUGCCUGGGCGACCGCCUCAACGGGAUUCUAUUGCAGCUCAUCUCCUGCCUGCAGUGCCGCCGAUGCCCGCACUACUUCCUGCCCAACCUCGACCUCUUCCAGGGAAAGCCGCACUCGGCCCUGGAGAACGCCGCCAAGCAGACGUGGCGCCUGGCCAGGGAGAUCCUCACCAACCCCAAAAGCCUGGAGAAGCUUUGAGGUAACCGGCCGGGCCGGCCCGAGCCGAGCCAGUAGUCGGCGGGCGAACGAACGAGCGAGCCAGCGCUUCUCGCGACCCUUUUAAUAUUGUUUUUUUUCGGGGCUCCUUUUGACCAGCGCCACCCGUUUUCCUAAACCCAACAACAACAAAAAAAAAAGGCUUUCGUAAUUCCAACGAACCUUGAACGAGACUUGAAACGCGCGUGUACAUUUGAUACUGUAAAUGUGUUGAUAGCAUUGUGCUUCCUUCCAGUCAGAUUGUGAACGUCGGUGUUUUUUUUCUUCUUUAUCUGCUAGAAAAACAAUUUAAUUUAUACUUUGGCUCGAUACGGUUUGUCGUCUUUCUUUUUCCUUUUUGCAAAGUUUAUAUUUGAGUGUAAAGCUUUCGUUAAACACACAUUCCAUCGAUUUACUUGAAUUUUUUAUUUAAAUAACUUUUUUUUAUUGGCUGUUCUUUUUUAAAAAAAAAAUAGUUGGUCUGCCACGAUUUUGUUUUAUUAAAUGACAACCUAUAUAAAUAGUAAAUAUAUAUGACGGUAAAAUUGAGAAAAAAAGAAAUGCACUUGAACUACACUGGAUUAUAACAUCUGUGAUCUGUUUGUUUUUUAAAUUGUCAUCCACUUAAUUUAAAGAGCUAAUAAAACCAAUUCUUAUAUGUA